CAGUAGAAACGGAUGUUGAUGCUACUUGAUGAACUAUUAGCUAACGUCCCACCGAGCGGACAGGUUGCUCAGACAUACUGUACUAGCUGUUCCGGAUCAAAGGAAUGUCGUUCUGUUCUUUCUCCGGCGGAGAGGUCUUUAAAGACCACUUUAAAUCAGGGAUGUAUGUUUGUUCCAAGUGUGACCAUCAGCUGUUCUCCAGCCGCUCAAAGUAUGAGCACUCGUCGCCUUGGCCAGCCUUCACAGAAACCAUUCGUGAUGACAGCGUGUCUAAACACAAGGAAAGACCUGGCGCAUAUAAAGUGCUGUGUGGAAAAUGUGGAAAUGGACUUGGCCAUGAGUUCGUGAAUGACGGACCGGCCAAAGGGCUUUCUCGCUUUUGAAUAUUUAGCAGCUCACUGAAGUUCGUCCCUAAAGAUAAGGUGGAUGGACAGUAAGUUGAGCUGCUAGAAGGAAGUGCUUCUCUUGGACCUUUCUGCUGCUGAAGGUGCAGUCAGUGAAUGAAGUGCUCUGGGACAAAGCCCGGUCUGGGAGCUCCAGGGUGCUGAUGUAUAAUGGCUGCACUGGAGGGAAAGCACAAAGGACUGCUUAUGCAAUUAUCACUGAAUGAAUAACUUGGAUCACCUCACUGAUUACCAUACACAUUUAUAUGGUCCCACAGGGAAAUCAUGAUUUUCAUUACAAAUUAUUUCUCUGUUAUAGUUUGUUUAUGGUUACUCAUUGAUUGUAUUUCCUACUACUUCCUCAAAGGUCAAAGUAAAUUUAUGCAAGGAAACAGCUUGUGGGAUGUUUUAAAUGUCGUUUUAUUGUCUAUUUGCUCUAGAGUAUUUGUUGCGCUCGUUGAAGAAAAUGAGUAAAUAGAAAUUCUAUUUUUAUUAAGUUUCUCGAUGUAAAUGUAGGCUCUCACUCUUUAAAUGCUUUUUGUAAAAUAUGCUCUACAAAGAUUAGAACUAUUUUAAAUUAAAUUAAAUCAAUCUUUACAUGUAUAUUUAAAUACUGUUUAUAAUCUUUAGAAAAUUUGUAUACAUGAGAAUGAAACAUUUGGAUUUUGCUUUGUACUUGAGAUAAAACUACUGCGUGCCUCCUCA